AUGGCGGGAGAGCCUAGGAAGCGCAACCCAAACUUGUACUGUCAUUAUCAUCAGGAUCAUGGACACACGACAGAUAACUGCAGGAAUUUAUGGGAUCACUUGGAGCAGUUGGUCCAAGAGGGGAAAUUGAAGCAACUCUUGCAUCACUCUAGUGGAAGGGCGAGCCAGGCAGGUUCAGAGGCGCAUGGGGACGCUUCAUCAAGACCCCCUCUGGGUACGAUUAAUGUUAUCUUUGCGGCCCCUGGAAGGACUGGGUCUUGCCCCUCUAGGGUGUUGUCGCCCCAUGAGGAUGCUUUGGUGGUAACGUUGAGGAUUGGUGGGUAUGAUGUCAGAAGAGUGAUGGUCGAUCAGGGUAGCGCUGUGGAUGUAAUGUAUCCGGACUUGUACAAGGGGCUGGGUUUGAAGCCCGAGAACUUAACAACCUACAACUCUCCUCUGGUAAGUUUUGAGGGAAGGUUGGUCACUCCCAAAGGACUAAUUAGACUGCCUGUACAAGCAGGUACGGACAUGGUGGAGGUGGACUUUAUUGUCGUGGAUGUUUUUUCCCCGUACACAGCCAUUAUGGGCAGACCUUGGCUUCACACCCUCAAAGCGGUCUCGUCUACUCUGCAUCAAAAAGUGAAGUACCCAUCCGGAGACCAAGUGUUGGAAAUAGUAGGCGAUCAGGCGGCUGCUCGACAAUGUCUAGUAGCGGCUAUACAGCAUCGACCGGAAGCAGAGACCUCGGCUACGGCUGACAAUGAGUUGUAG